UCAUGACGUAAUCAAGCCAUUUCAGGACUCGUCGGCAUCCACUCAGGCUUCCACGAUGCGAGCACUUCUCAUCUGGCUUUUGUGCAACUACGCUGCUCAGGCUUGCCUCGAGUCCAAUGCCAGUUGUCCACUCUGCAAAGAUGUUUUCUCAAUCUGCCAAGAAGAACGUUCCUGGACCAGGUGUUAUAAGAAAAAGAUUGUAUCCUGCACAUCAAAAGGACGAGGGGGACUCAUCUGGACCGUUGACCCCUCUAAAGAGAGUGUGCAGAAUCCAACACAGAACCACAGCGUUCACAUCCCGUCAUCGGCCCUCCAGAAAAGCAGAGAGUCCGGGGACAAUGCCUUGGUGGUGGUAACCGUGCUGGAUAGCACAUAUUUCAAGCCCACCAGUAGAAAUAAAGGAAGAACAUUUCUUCAGGUCCCAACUGGCCCUACAGGCACAGUCUUAGGCAGAACCGUCCUGGUGGUGCAGGCAGGUUCAAAUCCGCUCCAGAACCUUCCAGAACCAGUAACAUUGACCUUCAAAUACAACGAGACGGUUGUUAACGGGACUUGUGUUUUCUGGGAGGAUGAAGACAAUGGAAGCGAGUUUUGGAGCACAUACGGCUGUAACACAAGCAACACUGGCAGUGAAUUUGUUUGUCAUUGCAACCAUUUGAGCUUCUUUGCUGUACUUGUGAAUCCCGAUCUAUCGCUGAGUAAAGAAGAUGCUUUCAACUUGAGUUUCAUCACAUACUUCGGAUCGGCGCUUUCAGUCGUCUUCAGCAUCAUCAGCUUGAUUCUCUAUGCUUGUUUAAAUAAGCGACAGCCGGACCGAGCCAUCGGCCUGCACACGCACUUGACGGUGGCGCUGCUGUGCCUGCACUCGUGCUUCCUGCUGAGCUGCUGGUGGGCUGAGAGGCUUGCUGCCCAGGCGUCCGAUUGGCUGUGCGGUGCCCUGGGCCUCGUUUUGCACUGGUCCCUGCUUGCCACUGUCUGUUGGUCGGCACUGGAGGGCUUCCACCUCUACCUCUUGUUGGUGCGCGUCUUCAACAUCUACGUCAGAAGAUACCUGCUCAAACUGAGCGUGUUGGGCUGGGGUGUGCCCACACUGAUUGCUCUGGCAUGUGGCGUGUCUGGUGUUUAUGGCAAAUACACGCUAGAUAUUUGGAACUCUGACAACAGCAGUUCAACAACGCAGCUAUGUUGGAUGAGCAAUUCUACUAGAAGUCUGGUCACCUACGUCACCACGGCGGCCUUCCCGUGCCUAGUCGUGGUCUUCAACUCCUGCAUGUUGGGCUUGGUGGUUCUCAAGCUUUGGAGACUCCGAGGAAGCGGUGGUGCGAAAAGCGAUUGGGAAAAGGUAAACAGGUUGUGGAAGGACUGCGUGACCGUGCUGGGCCUCAGCUGUGUGCUGGGCUUACCUUUUGGGUUGUUGACCUUCACCUACGUCUCCAUCCCGGCCAUUUACGUCUUCACCGCACUCAACUCGCUGCAAGGUGUAUUUGUGUUCCUGUGGUCUUUGGCGUUGCUGUGCAAGUCCCAAUCAGACACCUCCUCGUCCUCAAAAGACACAUCGACUCAGAAAAUCAUGACCACUAGCUUUAAUAGCUGAUGCCACACACACACCAUACAUUAGAUGUGUUCUAAAUUGGCUGCCAUUGAUGGUGUUAGAGCUCCAAUUUACUUGAAUUAUAAUUUAGAUGACUUGGGUGUGUGUUGCUGUCAAUGGCAGCCAAUGAGAUAAAAUUCUAUUGUGCUUUGUUUACAUGAAAAGUGUGCAGUGCACACUUUUUGGACUGUUGAUUUGGGGUUGUGGUUUUGUAUUGUGAAUGUUUGUUUUUUUUUGUAAAUUGUUUUGUGCAUUUUAUAUAUUUGUUAUUUUUUGGGAUUGGUUUCUAAAUAAAUGAUUUUAUUAUGUUUUUUUUUGAGCAUAUAUUUUUUUCAUUUUUAGAAUUAUUAAUUAUGAAGCAGUUGCAGUUAUUUGUUUCCCAUCAGAUAUCGCAGUUUCUUCUUGCGGUAAAACCCCGAAGCUUUGAGUCAUUUUCAAUACAAAAUAGAAGAUAGCUUUUGGGCCAAGCUGCAACUGUAUAUUAUGGCUAAUAUCAGUCCAUAUCAUUUCUAGUAAAUUACACAUAACAUUC